UCUCCGGGGUACAUAGGAACUGAGCUAGCCCGGCUCAGUUAGUCGCUGGGAGUCCUUGGUCGAGGAGUGGACUGAGUAUCUCCUGGCCCCAUGGCUGCACGGUCAGUGUCCCGGUCAGUCUGGGGACUCCUGCGAGCCGCCGGCAGGAGCUGCAGCUCAGGGGGCCCCGUGACGCUGCCUCGGAGCGGGGAGCCGGCUCUGCAAGAAGCACAGGCACUAUCCCCAGCCAGGAGGAGGGAGUUUCUACGAGAUCAUGCUGCCCCCUUCUCUGCUUUCCUCACUGAUACCUUUGGCAGAAGACACAACUACCUGCGCAUUUCCCUCACUGAGAAAUGUAACCUUCGUUGUCAGUACUGUAUGCCUGAGGAGGGUGUCCCACUGACUCCCAAGGCUGACCUGUUGACUACAAAGGAGAUUCUGAUCCUUUCCCAACUCUUUGUGAAGGAAGGGGUGAACAAGAUCCGGCUCACUGGUGGGGAGCCUCUCAUCAGACCAGACGUGCUAGACAUUGUGGCUCAACUUCAUCAGCUGGAUGGUCUGAAGAGUAUCGCCAUCACCACCAAUGGGAUCAACCUUGCCCGGCUGUUACCUCAGCUCCAGAGAGCUGGGCUCAAUGCCAUCAACAUCAGCUUAGAUACCCUAGUGCCAGCAAAGUUUGAGUUCAUCACUCGUAGGAAAGGUUUCCACAAAGUUAUGGAAGGCAUCCACAAGGCCAUUGAAUUGGGUUUUUAUCCUGUGAAGGUGAACUGCGUGGUAAUGCGUGGCUUCAAUGAAGAUGAGCUGCUGGAUUUUGUGGCCCUCAGUGAGGGACUCCCACUGGAUGUGCGCUUCAUAGAGUACAUGCCCUUUGAUGGUAACAAAUGGAACUUUAAGAAGAUGGUCAGUUAUAAGGAAAUGCUGGACAUGAUCCAACAGCGCUGGCCAGAGCUGGAGAAGCUACCAGAGGAAGACUGUAGCACGUCUAAGGCCUUCAAAAUCCCUGGCUCCCAAGGCCAGAUCAGCUUCAUCACUUCCAUGUCUGAGAAUUUUUGUGGGAGUUGCAACCGCCUUCGCAUCACAGCUGAUGGAAACCUCAAGGUUUGCCUCUUUGGAAAUUCAGAAGUGUCUCUACGGGAUCAUCUUCGAGCUGGGGCCUCCGAGGAGGAGCUGCUGAGUAUCAUUGGGGCUGCUGUGGGCCGAAAGAAGGAACAACAUGCAGGCAUGUUCAACAUUGCUCAGAUGAAGAACCGACCCAUGAUCCUCAUCGGGUGCUUCCCAAAGCUCCAAGACACUCCUCUGACCUCGUCUAGCCUUCCCUCGGGGGACCCUUUUCAUAUCCAGGGGCUCAGAGCCAGGGAGAGUUUCUCCAGCCACAUGGGGGCCAUGUGGUCAAGAUGGAGAUUGCCACAGGUCCUUCUUCCAACCCAACUGAAGUUAGAGGCAGGCUCUUCCUGGAGAUUCUACAGUUCUUCCCCACAAGAUCCUGACCACAGCACUAAGUGCCUUAACACAGAGACCCCUGCUGAUCCAGCCACCCCCAGACCCUCUCCCCUCUCAGACAAGCUAACUCACCUGGACGCAACGGGGCGGGCUGCCAUGGUUGACGUGGGAGGAAAGCCAAUCACAGAACGGGUGGCUGUCGCCUCAGCAGUAGUCUUCCUGGGACCUGAGGCCUUCGCCCUCGUCCACCAGAACCAGCUGCGGAAAGGCGAUGCUUUGGCCGUGGCCCGACUGGCUGGCAUCCAGGCUGCCAAACUGACCAGCCAACUGAUCCCACUGUGCCAUCACGUGCCUCUGAGCCACACCCAGAUACAGCUGGAGAUGGACCCAGCCCGCCACGCCGUGGUGAUCCAGGCGUCGUGUCGAGCCUGGGGCCCCACUGGGGUGGAAAUGGAAGCCUUGACUUCUGCUACCAUAGCUGCUCUCACCCUCUAUGACAUGUGCAAAGCAGUCAGCAGGGACAUCACUCUGGGAGAGAUCAAAUUGCUUAGCAAAACCGGGGGCCAGCGAGGGGACUUUAAGCGAAGCUCAAAUUCUGAACCAUCUCAGCCCCAACUCUGACAGACUGAAAACCCCUCCUAUCCUUAGAAUCUGCAUCAGAUUUUGUAGCAGCCUCUAGGAUGAGGAAUGAGUUGGGGUCAUCUGUGCCCAUUGAUCACUCCUUAUUAUCCAGGACCAAUGGAUGUCCAAGAAUGACACAGCUCGGAAGUAUUUUAAGAAUAAUCUAGUCAGAGCUAGAAAGGACCUCAGAGACAUCUGGUUAAAACUGUAAUUUUUCAAUGAGAAAACUGAGGCCCAUAGAGGAAGAGUAACUAAUUGGGAUGAAGGAGUCAGGAUGACACAACUAGCCAGAGGCAGAAAUGAGAUUAGAACUCACAUUUUAUACCUGGGGAUAGUGAGAAUAAGAAUAUUUUACCUUUGCAGAGCUUUCAACACUUUUCAAAAUGCUUUUAUAUCCAUGGUAUCAGUGGCCCUGGAUAAGAAAAUUUAUUAAUACCCCAACCCACCCCCCAAUACACUUUUACUUUCCCUUACAUUUUUUUCAUUUAAUUUUGUUUUGCCUUGGUUCAGGUCUUAGAGUAGUUUUCUGCUACUAUAGCUUGAAGGGGCACCAUAACUUUGGGGAUAGUCUACUUUGAUUGUUGCUCCCUUGCCUUAGCUCCCCACCCCCACCCCAAACAGGCUGAUUCAGUUCCCUCCCUUCCUUAGAGAGGACUUUGAUCCAUUUUCUUUUUUUCAGAUGUGGAAAGGAGAAUCUACAGAUCCUAGGGAUUUUUUAAUUGUUUUAUUGAUACCUUUAAUUUCUUUUUUAGCAUUACCAUCAUUUCCAGAUAUACACUCCCACACCUUCUAUGAGCCUUCUUUUAUGAUACAAACAAAUAAUUAAGGAAAAACCAGCCAAGGUCAAGACUACACCUGACAGUAGAGGGAACAUUCCAAAGCAGUCAUCUCCCACCUUCACAACCCAAGGAGGGGGGAUUCUUUCCUCAUCCCUUCUUUAAAUCUGAGUUAUUCUUAUGUUUGUGAUAACUUUGUUCCAGUCAACCAGAGAAGCAAAGAUUUAUGAUUGGUUGGCACUCAUUCCUUUCUCUCCCCAUUCCUAGGAAGUUUAUAAACUAGGUGGGGUGGGAAAAGGAAUUUUUUGGGUGCAGAUGAAUGAAGAUGAUUUCAAAUGAGCUGGACUUCGAAGGGAAUUUUAGUUACCAUUCCUGUUUUGUAUUUAUUUCUUUCUGGUUCAGGAAUGCAGUGUGACUCUUUAUCCCAUAACCCAUAUCCUUUUGAAGAUUCACAUUAAUUAUCUUAUUUCACAGAAAUGGUGUUGUGGAUGUUGUUUGGCCUUGAGACAGGAAGACUGAGUUCAAAUACAGCCUCAGAUGCUUCCUUUGUGACCAUCCCAAGUCAUGCCUCAAUUUCCUCAUCUGUAAAAUGGGGAUAAUAACAGUAGCUACCAUGCAGGAUUGUUGUGAGCAUCAAAUGAGGUUUAUAAAACACUUAACAUAGUGCUUGGUACUUAGUAAGUACAGUAGAAAUUCCAGCUGUUGAUAUUAUUAAAUAUGAGGAGAUUGUGAACAGGGAAGCUUAGAGAGACAUUCUUACUCUGGGCUAUUCAUUAUACAUCAACCUUUAGUCUUCUCAGUUUUAGGUUUAACAAUGACCCCUCCUUCUUGUGUUUUCCCUCUCCAUUCCAUCUGACUCUGACAGUGCCAUCUUGUCAGACCAUGGAGUAUCUGACAUCUGAUACCACUGGUUUGACAACUGUGCAAAAUGACAGUAAUUAAGUCUGGCUUCUAAAGUUACUUAGUGUUUCCAUCUUCCCAGAGAAAAUGGGGACAAGUAGGUUGAAGACUGCCUUUCUACUUCAUUUUCACUGAAUGAUACCUAGUUGUUUAAUUGAAUAAGAAGGGAGAGUUGGUAUAAGUAGGUGACACCGUGGAUAGAUAUUGGGUCUGGAAUCAGGAAGAUUUUUUGAGUUCAAAUCCCACCCCCAAUACCUGAGAAAGUUGCUUCCCUUUGUUUUUCUGUUUCCUCAUCUGUAAAAUAAGCUGAAGGAAAUGGCAAACUCCUCCAUUAUCUUUGCAAAUCCCAAAUGAGGUCAUAAUGAAUCAAAUUUGAUUGAAAAAAAAAUGAACAAUAACUGAAUGAAUAAAUUCUUGAUUAUGAUUUUUAAAGAAAAAAUGUGAGAAUUUUGUCAAGAAAGGGGAGGGGAGGUGAUUAUAAAGAUUUAAGGCAGCUCUAUUCUUCCUCAUCCCUGUCUCCCUCUACACUGAUUCAAAAUCCUCUUAAUUUGCCUAUUUUUGAUGGAGCUAAUAAUCUAGGAGGAGUUUUAGAAACUAGGUUUCUAUCCUCCAAAGGUUAAUUCUAAUAAAGCCUUUUGUUCUCUAAA